AUGCCGAGCGUGGCUAGUAUUUGGAUGGGUGACUGUCCACCAAGGAAAGUCACGCUGCCCGUGAUUCCACCCCUCUCGGCGACAAUGAGCGGGAAGGACGGAUCGGCCUUGAGGACGGUACUAGCCGACACUUCUCUCUGCCCCUGUGACAGUAUACUUUUCAUCACCUCUACUGACCACUUUAGCGUUUUCAUUUAGGGCAUCCUUCCAAACUUUUCUAUUUUCCUAAUUACUUACUGCUUCAUAGAAAGGCUGCGAGAUAGUUUGAAAAUAGAAUUGUUCACUGAACACCCAAUUGUUUAAUGAGAGAGAGCCUAACGGGCUUCCAAUUCAUAUGUGUGUCCACCAUAACCAGAGCAUAAUCCCGUCGACCCAUAUAUGAGUCCACCGUCGCCGGGACCCGGUUUCCUCUCAAUUCAUAUAUAUGAGUCCACUGUCAUUUAAGGGUUAUUCAGUAGCACUUUAAGUAGAUAAUUUUAUUAAGAUACCGUUUUAGAGCUUUAUAAAUAUUACAAUAUUUCAUUCUAAAAGUCCACCCUCUUUUGUAUUUAUUUUAGGGUGUUUUUUUUUAAAGAUAGUAAUAUCAUAAUGACAUGGGAACAGAAAUAUACUUAUCAAUAGAUUUUUUUAAAAAAAUCAUGGCUGGGAACCAUAGUUGGUUGAAGAUUUAUAACAAAAUGAAAAAAAAUUGGAAAAUAUCUUGUUGGUUUAAUAUCCACUUUAUUAGUUUGAUGCAAUGUAUUUCAUAAACCAUAAAUUUGCACUUACAAGUGUUCAUAAAUAAUAGUUAACACCUAUCACAUUUGUUAAUAGUGCAUUUCAUUGAACAUUAUUCCAUGUAGAUAGGACUCAUUUAUACCAUUUAUAUAAGAAAAAUGAACUGAUAUAUUAUAUAAUUUAAUAUGAUGGUAUAAAGCAAUACAACUUUAAUAUUAUUGUAAGAAUGAAUAAUCUUAACUUGUGCCUGCAAUCUUUCAAUAAUGUAAUCAUACAAUACCAAUUUCAUAAAAUUUAAGAUAAAAAUCACUACACUUUUAAAUUAAGCUUAGAUGAAUUUUUGUUAAAUCUUAUAAGAGUUUAUUCUUUCUACAAAAUAAUCAUUUACAAAAAAACAUAUUUACUACUAAUUAAGGUUAAUAAUUAUAUUUACCAUUUAUAUAUUUCAUUUUUAAAUGACUUGUUGAUGUAUAUAGAAAUUACCUAGUAAAAUGUUAUAUUUUAUGUUGUUAUAUGUUUGAGUUUGUUAUUUAUUUACUGGUUAAAUGCCUAUAAGUUUUAUAUUCAUAAAUGAGAGUAUACAAAUGAAAAUGAGAAGAUGGUAAAUAAUGAUAGAGGCAAAAAAUAAGAAAAUAUAAAGAAAGAAAGAGGAUUAAAAAAAAAUAAGAUGAGAAAUAGAUAUUCUCUGAAUAAUUUAAAUUACAGCAUAGUUAUUAAGAUAUAUAUCCAAAGUUCAAAAAAUUAAUAAUUAUUGUAUUUUGUAAUUUUUUAUCUUUUUAUAUUUCAUUUAUCGGUUCUUGUUUUAUUUUAUUAAUUAAAAAAACAAUAUAAGUAAUAUAAUUUUUCCAUAGAAUAUAUACUAUGAUCAUUUGGUAUAUGUUGUAUAUAAUGUCCUUAUUAUUGUGCCUACCAUAAAAGCAAUGUUAGAACUAUUGUUAAUAACUGAAAAAUAAAAUAAAAUUGUAUCAGACACCAGAUAAUAUCACUCACUCCUUCCUAAUUACAUGUAAAACACAAAAAUAAAAAACACAUCACUGUACAAAUUAACAGUUUAUAUAGUGUUAACUAGAAUUACAAUGGGAAUUGCAUAUUUGAAGGAUGAACUAUUAUGCAUUGCUUGUAAUAAGUAAACAUAAUAAUUUUAUAUAAAAUAUAAAUAUAUAAUAAUAUUUGUAAAUAAUCAUAAAAUGUCUAUAAACCUUUGCUGAAUACUUACCUUGAUAACCAGCCCAUAACAAAUGUAAAGCUUUACCAUGUAGAAAAAUUUAUUGUUAAGAACAAAGUUGUUUUCCAUAGUUGAUCUAUUGUAUAAUUUGUUAUGCUCUGUAUUAUUAUAGUCAUAAAAAUAAAAAGCCCAUUAUUUUGUUAA